AUGUGUUUACGAUUAGAUUCUCUAUCAACAACACCCACUAUUUCAUUGAAUAAUACAGAAAUCAAUACUUCAAUAAAUAUUUAUCCAUCAACAGAUUUACUGCAAUAUAAUUUAUCGGAUAUUUCCACUCAAUCUUUUUAUCAUUUAUUCAAUUUUGAAACUAAUCAUAUAUUUGAUCAUGAAAUGUUUCGAUCAAAUAAUCUUGAACCAUUUUCAUUUGGAAAACGAAAAUCUAUGAUAUCACAACAACGUUUUAAUUUUGCUAAAUUAGCUGAUGAAGUUAUUAAAGAUAAAGAAGAUACAUCUUAUUCUCCAUUAUCAUAUAAUAUUAAUAAUUUAUUAACAUCAUCAUCUCAAUUAGUACCAGCUGCAAUUACUAGUGGUAUUUCAUUACUUGCUCAAUCUAAUAACAGUAAUGAAUUACCACUUCAUUCUGUACUGGCAACUAAUUAUAAUACUAUAAAUAAACAAUCACGACAAGUAUGUGUAUCAAAUAAUGGUAUUGAUAGUAGUAAACGUAAAAAACGAUCGAAAGAAUAUAUUUGUCAGUAUUGUAAUCGUCAUUUUACAAAAUCAUAUAAUUUAUUAAUUCAUAUACGAACACAUACUAAUGAAAGACCAUAUAUAUGUGAUAUUUGUGAUAAAGCAUUUCGACGACAAGAUCAUUUAAGAGAUCAUAAAUAUACUCAUUCAAAAGAAAAACCAUAUCAAUGUCUGGAUUGUGGUAAAGGUUUUUGUCAAUCUCGAACACUUAUUGAUCAUAGAACAAGAAUACACAAACAACAAUCAGUCUCGUACGAUUAA